AUGAUGGGUCUAUUAGAGGCCGGCGGAACAGAAACUACAAAUGCAAAUGUUUUUGUUGGCGAUCAUUUGAAAAGUGGUAGCAGUAGUUUGGAAUGUUCGGAUGAAGCACUACGCAAAUUCAAAUGCUCGGAAUGCCCAAAAGCAUUCAAAUUUAAGCAUCAUCUGAAGGAGCAUAUUCGUAUUCAUUCGGGAGAAAAGCCUUUUCAGUGUUCACACUGUCAAAAACGUUUUUCACAUUCCGGAUCGUAUUCAUCGCACAUGAGUAGCAAGAAAUGUACAGCGGCAGCCACAUCGGCUGCAGCGUUCGGUGAUCAGGUAGCGCUGUAUCGGUUAUUGUUGCAACAACUCCAGGCUGCUCAAACAUUCGCCUAUCCAACGUUUAAUCUUAAUCCAUAUGCGGCACUGUUUCAACAUCAGUUGUUGCAGGCUUCAAAUUCGUCACCGUCCAGCACAUCGUUAUCAGGCUUGCCAUCAUUAUGGAAUGGCGGCGGAUUAUUGCCAAAUUUAAGUGAUUUAACUCAACAGAACGAAAAGCGUGAUGAUGCAACAACAACAAAAAAAGAAGAAGAUACACAAACAACAAAUUCUGAGACCGAAACUACGAAAGAGGGUAACAACGAAUCUGCCGUUGAAACGCAAAAACAUCAAACAGAGGAGGAACAGACGGCAGCGGCAGCGUCAGCACCGGCAGCAACACCGGCAGUAGCAGUGCCCACCCGAAAUGGUUCAGAGGCAUCGGAUUCGACAGCCAAGGAGUCAGAGACUAUGCAAGUGGAUAGUUGUAGUUCGGGUACUACAGAAUCGUUUCGUACAACACCACGUAACGAUACAUGGCGACCGUUAAGAUCUCGUUCAUUUCUGACCGAUGUGCAAGUGCUUAUCCUCCAUUCGCACUUCAAACGAAAUCCAUUUCCGUCCAAAUAUGAACUGUCUGCAGUUGCUGAACAAAUUGGAGUUAACAAACGUGUUGUUCAGGUAUGGUUCCAGAAUACACGUGCCAAAGAGCGGCGAAGUAAUCGAUUAGGUAAUGCCACGGAUCGUUAUUCACGUUCGGCAUGGUCAUCGUCAACACAUACAAAACCAAGUUUGGGUGAUUCGUUGCAAAUGAUGGCUGCAGCAUGGGCUCAACAUUACAACGCUUUGAAUGCCACGAAUGAGGAUGAAACAAAGGUUAAUGUUGUGAAAGAUGAAUCUACCGAAGAAGGUAUAGCCGACUCACCACUUGAUCUCUCCGUAAAAGAAACUCCGACCCCAUCACAGUCUGGAGCCUUAUCACCAGCUGAAACGAGCAGAUGCUCUAAUCAAGACGAUGAAUCCGUUUGGCCUGGGACAGAUAUUCUUGGAUUUGUGCAAAAAAGUAGUGAGAGUAUUCGAGCCGCAGUAACGGAAGCAGCAAAAGGUCGAGCUGUAACGCCAGGGGUUGAGACAUCGGGAAAUAACGAACAUGAAGAAGGUUCGGAUAGCGGUGUAAUUGAGAAUACAUCUUGUAACGCUUCAUCAACCGGGAUAUGGCCAACGAAUAUGUUCAUUUCUCAGUAUUCUAUGCUUGGAACAAAUGGCUUAGCUGGGCUUCAAAAGGCAUUAGAGGUGGAAGAAAAUCAGGGCGAAGAGAUGGAAGACGCGUUUUCAGAAACAUCAGGCGAAAAGCGUCAAAGACAAAAUUGGAAAUUACAUAAAACGGAUGAAGAGGGGCUAUACGCCUGUGAUCAAUGUGAUAAAAUGUUUGGAAAACAAAGUUCGUUGGCGCGACAUAAGUACGAGCAUUCAGGCCAACGACCAUACAAAUGUGACGUAUGUGAUAAGGCGUUCAAGCAUAAACAUCAUUUGACUGAGCAUAAACGUCUGCAUUCUGGCGAAAAGCCGUUCCAGUGUGACAAAUGUUUGAAACGAUUCAGUCAUUCUGGCAGUUAUUCGCAACAUAUGAAUCACCGUUAUUCGUAUUGUAAACCGUAUAGAGAUUAG